AAUUAACGUCACUCUGCUGCAUCCUCUUCAACUCACCUUUUCAAUUUGCUAUAGAGAUUGAUAAAACUGUCCCAGCUAUGGCUUCCACGGACUCUGAGUCUCCGUUCUCUUCUUCGUCUUCAUCCUCUAGACAUAGAUGGAACUAUGAUGUUUUUCUAAGUUUUAGAGGAAAAGAUACCCGCAAGAACUUUACGGAUCAUCUCUAUACCGCCUUAAUCCAGGCCGGAAUUCAUACUUUCAGGGAUGACAAUGAACUUCCUAGAGGAGAAGAAAUCUCUCCACAGCUUCUCAAGGCAAUUGAAGGAUCAAGGAUUUCUAUAGUGGUCUUCUCCAAAAACUACGCCUCCUCUAGAUGGUGUCUUGACGAACUGGUGAAGAUUAUUGAGUGCAAGCAAAAUAUUGACCAGGUUGUUCUUCCUAUAUUCUAUGAUACGGAGCCUUCAGAUGUCCGAAAACAGACCGGGAGUUAUGCAAAAGCUUUUGAUGAACUUGAAGAACGCUUCAAGGAAGAAAUGGAGAAGGUCAACAAAUGGAGAGGUGCUCUUGCACAGGCUGGAAAUCUAUCUGGAUUUGGUUUAAACAAUGAGGCAAAUGGAUAUGAAGCGGAAUUCAUCAAAAGGAUUGUCAGUGAUGUAGCUUGUAAACUGGGAAACAAAACCUUGCACGUAGCCAAGCACCCAGUAGGUAUUUAUUCCAGAGUUCAGGGUAUUAUUUCUUUGCUAAAAGGUGCAAAACCUGAUGUUGGCAUCGUGGGAAUACAUGGGAUAGCUGGAAUAGGCAAGACAACAAUAGCAAAAGCUGUGUUUAACAAACUUUAUUUUGGAUUUGAGGGAAGCAGUUUUCUUUCGGACGUCAAGGAAAUAUCAGAUAAGCCGAAUGGUCUGGUUGAAUUACAAGAGCGCCUUCUUCAUGAUAUUCUGAAACCAAGAGUUUGGAAGGUCAGUAAUGUUUAUGAAGGCAUGAAUUUGAUCAAAGAACGACUUCAUCGUAAGAAAAUCCUUGUUGUUUUUGACGAUGUGGACAAAAGGGAACAACUGGAGGCAUUGAUGGGAGAAAGAUGUUGGUUUGGUGCCGGAAGUAUAAUAAUUGUUGUAACUAAGAAUAAGCAUCUGCUAACAGAAGUGGGGGUAGAUGGAAUGUAUCAUGCUAAGGAAUUGGAUCGAGAUCAGUCUCUUGAGCUUUUCAGUUUGCAUGCUUUUAGGGAAACCCGUCCAGCAAAGGAUUAUGAGGAGCUUUCAGGAAAGGUAGUUGACUACUGCAAAGGACUUCCUUUGGCUCUACAAAUCUUGGGUUCUCAUUUAUCUAUAAGAGACAAAGCUGGAUGGGAAGCCGAUAUUGCCCAUUGGCGAAAUAUUCCGCAUGAUGAUAUUCAAGGAAAGCUUAGAGUAAGUUUUGAUGCACUGAAUGUGGAUACAAGCGAGAUAUUCCUUGAUAUUGCGUGCUAUUUUGUUGGUGGAGACAAAGAAUAUGUAGCAAAUAUAGUAGGUGCUCGUUAUGAUUGCCAUCCAGAAGUAGCUUUCAGAACUCUCAUUGGAAGGUCUCUCAUAACAAUCGACACUUGGAAUAUGUUGAGUAUGCAUGAUAUAUUACGAAAGAUGGGAAGGGAGAUUAUUCGUCAAAGGUCGCGUAAUCAUCCUGGAAAUUGCAGCAGAAUUGUACUUCCCAAAGACGCAUACAAUGUACUCUCCAAGGAAAUGGGAACGGAUGCUGUGGAGGGUCUGGCACUGGAUGUUCAAGAAUCUUUUAGCACAAAAUCUUUUACAAAAAUGAGACGUUUAAAAUUACUCCAAAUCAAAAGAGCAAAUCUUGUGGGAAGCUACAGUCUUCUCCCCAAAGAGUUGAUAUGGCUUUGUUGGUCUGGAUGCCCUUUGAAAUCUUUGCCGUCUGAUUUUCACUUAAACGACCUUGUUAUACUUGAUAUGCAAGAAAGUAACGUACGAAAGCUUUGGAAGGGGACUAAGAUUCUUAACAAGCUGAAAAUCCUCAAUCUCAGCUAUUCCAUGUACCUUACUAAAACGCCGAACUUCCGGGGACUCUCUAGUUUGGAGAGACUAGUACUUACAGAAUGCCAGAGUUUGGUUGAGGUACAUCAAUCUAUUGGAAAUUUGAAGAGCCUUGUUUUGUUGAACUUGGAGGUGUGUGACAGCCUAAAGACUCUUCCAGAAAGCAUGGGUAACUUAAAAUCUCUUCAAACUCUGAACGUUACUAAGUGCAUACAACUUGAGAAAUUGCCAGAGAGUUUGGGUGACAUAGAAUCCUUAACAGAGUUGUUUACAAAGGGUACUGCGAUUAAGCAACUUCCUCCAUCAGCUAGAUAUUUGAAGAAGCUGACAAAGUUAUCAUUUGGUGGAUACAACUACUCACCUGAUCUACCAUCUAAAUCUUGGUUUUCAAGAUUUUCAUCGUGGCUUUCACCACAAAGCUGCUCGAGCUCCAUAGAUGUGCUACCAGCUUCUUUCAAUAGUUUCAGCUCAUUGAAAGAACUAAAUCUAAGUUAUUCUGGUUUGUCUGAAGCUACAAGUGCGAUCGAUCUUGGGAGUUUGUGCUUUCUUGAAAAUUUGAAUUUGUCUGGACAUGAAUUCUUCAAUCUGCCUUCCAGCAUUAGCCGCCUUUCUAAGCUUCAAUUUUUGACGGUUGAGAGAUGCUCGAAUCUUCUAUCAAUCUCAGAGCUUCCAUCAAGUGUCCUGUUCUUGUCUAUCAAUGACUGCACAUCCAUUGAAAGAGUAAGCGCGCCUCUUCAGCCCGAAAGACUACCAUUACUGGAUGUAAAAGGGUGCCGAAAUUUAAUAGAGAUUCAGGGCAUUGAAUGUGCGGGCAAUAACUGGUCCAUUUUGAACUUAAAUGACUGCAACAAUUUAUCUGAAAACUAUAAGAUGAGUUUUAUUCAGGGAUUAUGCAAAGGUAAACAUUAUGACAUUUGCCUUGCUGGUGGAGAGAUACCAGAAUGGUUCAGCCAUCGCGGUGAUGGGUCAUCAUUAUCAUUUCGUUUACCCUCAGUUUCAGUUGCAGAUGGUAAUAAACUCCAAGCGCUGCUUCUUUGGGUUGUCUCGGCCUCCAGUAGCAAUGAAGCCACUGAUCAAGAAACAUCAUUUCUUCAGUUUGAUAUGUGUGUUGCUACAUUCAAAAAUAAGAGCAAUGGUAUUGAAUUGUUUGAGACGAUGGCGGCAGUUACGUUUGACAGAAAUUCCACUAAGCAUUCUUGGAUACAGCGUAUAUCAUUGAUCGGGUCAGAGGAAUUGCUGCAAGGUGUAGAGGAAUUGGAACUGAAUGUCAAAAUAAGCUUCUAUGAUGUUCCAAGAUGUUGGGUAGAAAAAUGUGGGGUACAUUUGAUAAUGGAAAAGUCUUAUGAUCUGAAUCUCUUUUUUUUUGGCAUUUGGCAUUUGGGACUGAUAAAUGAUCAGUUGCACAAAUUUGCGAAGUCUAUCUCAAUGAGGACAACGGAACUGUAUAUUUCUUUAUUUAUCAUGGCAGCUGUGCUUGCUUCGGAUCGUGAUGAAUGA